UUCUAUCUUAAUACGGCCCCCAAACUUUGCGAGUCGGCCUUGAGACAAGAUCAUCGAGCUGUAGGCUGCGUGACCAAGAGCCGAUUUAGGCAAAUUAUAGCUCCGCCAUGUUAUACAUGAUUAUCAAACGGAUUAAGAGAACCAAAAACAAGGGGUAUCCUUACCUACAGACAAAUGACGUGCAUUCGGCUCGGGACGUCCCUCAUCUGCCCAUGAGUCGAGGCCAGCUCCCCUGUCAAUGUCAGUCCAUGCUAGAUCGAGCAAGCAGAAACCGGCGAGAGUUCCCAAAGGCACAGCAGCGGGCCUGCACCAGCCCCUGGCAGGCCCGACACAGCAGCCCUGCGGACUUCGCCUGCAGGGGCUCUUCAGGCGGCAACGGCGGCGGCGGCGGGCGUUCCCCUCGCUCUCUUCUUCUUCCCCCUGAUCGCCCGGAAGCGACGCCCGCCCCCUUUUCCGGGCGCGCAUCCCUCCCUACAACGUCCAGCCGGGCCUGUCGAUCCGAUGCCUGCUUGUCGUAUCUAGAUAGGAUCUCACCCCCAGCGCGGCAGUCGGCGUCUCUUGGGUGGCGGAGCCGCGCGGUAUUGUAUCGCCACUUUGGAGGCCCCGAGCUCGUACGAGGGCAUAAGUUACAUGCGCGCCGGGGCGACGCACGCUACCUAGGUUUGCUCUCGCCCGACCGCCGGCGGGCCGUAACGCUCCCAAAGCGAGACCUGGGAGUACAAACAUCUAGUGUGCGGUGCAGUAGGGACAAAGGACGACGCUGAUGCUGACGACGACGAAGACGACGAUGUGCGAGGGUGAUCGGGCGCGGUUUUGGCGACGUGAGAGCUGAGCGGACGACCGCGUUGCUUUUACCCGCCGUCGCACCAUGGCACUGGGAU